UGUUCGACGAAAAUAUUUUAGUUUUAUGUAGAUUGUGGGUAAAAAUAAUACCUCGUUGUAAGUGAAUAGGUGCAAAAUAUAAAUAAAAAGUGAAUUAAAAAUAAUUAUAUACUUAUUAAAAAAUUUCUACAUGUUGAUGUUUUUUACAAGUGUUGUUUAUUGUGCAUCCAUAUGAAUCACAAUUUGUUUAAUUAUUCUUUGAAAGUGACUUUCUGUAAUGGACAUGUUUGUCGGGUGAAGAAAGUUAUAAGCACGUAAUUAAAAGAGUAAAAAAUGUGCACACCACCAAUUAGUUCGUUUUUUGGCCAGUGGAGGCUAUGGAUACGACCUUUCUUUAUAGCUACGUAUAUCCUGUUGGUAAUUGUAUUAGUGCCAACGCUCGUUGUACAUGCCAUAGAAAAUGGCUUUACAAAAUCAGAUCAAGGAACCCUUGUUGCUGGUGGGUUUGUUCUCCUUGCCAUGCCAAUAUCAAUUUGGCAGAUUACACAACAUAUAGUCCAUUAUACUAAACCUUCCCUUCAAAAACACAUUAUAAGGAUCUUAUGGAUGGUACCAAUUUAUGCCUUAAAUGCAUGGCUUGGAUUGGAAUUUCCCGAGCAGUCCAUUUAUAUGGACUCUUUGAGAGAAUGUUAUGAAGCCUAUGUAAUUUAUAAUUUUAUGAAAUACCUUCUGAAUUACCUCAAUGAUGGUAAUGACCUUGAAGCUUCAUUGGAAUUAAAACCACAGGUCUAUCAUAUAUUCCCAUUGUGUUGUUUGGCCCCAUGGGAAAUGGGAAGUGAAUUCAUUCAUAAUUGUAAGCAUGGUAUCCUGCAGUAUACACUUGUAAGGCCUCUAACAACAGUAAUAUCAAUGAUAUGUGAGCUCUGUGGUGUUUAUGGGGAGAGUGACUUUAGUCCCAACGUAGCGUUUCCUUACAUGAUUGCUAUUAAUAAUUUCUCACAAUUUGUGGCUAUGUACUGCUUGGUACUAUUCUACCGAGCCAAUAGGACUGAGCUAAAACCAAUGAAGCCUAUUGGAAAAUUCUUAUGCAUCAAGGCUGUUGUGUUCUUCUCAUUCUUCCAAGGUGUAAUCAUCAAUAUUUUGGUAUACUGUGGUGUGAUAUCAACAAUAUUUGAUAUUUCUGAUAAAGACAAGAUAAAGAUUAUGUCUUCCAAAUUACAGGACUUCCUUAUAUGUAUAGAGAUGUUCUUAGCGGCGAUUGCCCAUCACUACAGCUUCUCGUACAAGCCGUAUGUAUCGCCCCUGGACCCGUCUCCAUCUUGUCUCGGCUCGUUCUUGGCUAUGUGGGACGUGUCGGACGUGAAGAGAGAUAUAUCUGAGCACCUUGGUGUUGUGGGAAGCUCAUUCAGUAGGAGAUUACGAGGUAAAACGCAGUAUCACAUGACAAGAGGGUAUGACGAGAGUUCGAGAUUGGUUACUGAACAGGAUGCAUCGAGUUCUGCACCUGACUUGACGGUGGAAGCGACUGAACCGCCUUCAGUAGAAGUUAGACCAUCCGUGUAUGGCUCACUCGAAAAUACCAUAGCCACUGGCUCACUGAACUCAGAAACUGACCCUUUACUCGAUAUAUCUGACGAUAACAAAACGCCUGACCCGAAAGUUUAAUAAUAUAUUGCAUGAAAUGCUUGAUAUAUUUCGUUAUGAAUCACAAUAUUUAUUGGAUACUGAUUUUCAUAUAUUAUAACUGAAGUGAUAGUAGUCUUAUCUCGCUAGAUUAAGUAUUAAUAUUGCAUUCCAAAUUUCUAGGACAAUUAUUUACAUUUCGUCAAACCACUGUACUUAACCAGAGUAUUUUGUGUGCUGUUUACUUUAAAAUAACUAUCGAGUGCAAUUUUAGGCUAUAAUAUACUAUAUCAAUGUACAUAAUAUGAAACAUAAUCAUAGUAUAACCCAGUUGCUAAAAUAACACCUAUGAUUUAAUGGGAAGAACAAAUUAAUAAUCUUUACUAAUAAUUUCGUUCGUUCCUUAUAAUCAUUUGAGCAUUUAAUUAAAUCUCAACUAAAAUAAAAUAAAUAAAAGAUUUUGUUAAGAAUAAAAAAUGAACUUAAUAAAUGAUUUUGUACAUGUAACGUACUGAAUAAGUACAAAAUAUCAAAAUUUUAUAUUCAUUAUUUUUAUUUCAAUUGCCUAGAUAUGAUUCUUAUAAUAUAUUGUGUUUUUUUGUCUUAAGUUUUAGAAUAACUUCGUUUUCGAGUAUUUUUCUUGCCAUAAAGUGUCAAGUUAAUAGUACUUGGAUGCAUAAUAAUUAAUAAUUAAUAUUGUGCGGAUGAAAAAAAAAACUUUAUGGUGAAUAAUCUGGAAUGUGAUAUAUUGUUAAAGGAUGUAAUUGCAUUGCAUUGUUGUAUGAAAUAAAAAGUUUUUCUAA